UUCUUUUACCAGGUGAUUAGUAUCGUGUCUGCGCAGUCGACCAAAUUGUUGUGAAUUUGACGAAGAAACUUUUUAAUACGCACGAAUUGUAUACAUUAGAAUUUUACAUUGAUUUCUCAAGAAUUCGCUAAAUAUUUAACGUUUAUUAGCACUAAUAACUAUGUACAAAAGCUUGCAUUUGCUGCGAUGAAAUAUCAAUAUGAUUGUAGUGCAAAUAUGGACCUACGAAAUGCAGUUGUUCUUGUUUAUCUAUUUUUCAUUCAUAGCCAAUAUCUCAGGUGAUACAAGGAUUUUAGUUUCCAAUGGAAAGGAAAUCGGUAAAUUCACCUUUGGAUCGUCACUGUAUUCAAAAGUUUUGGAUGAAAAAGAUUAUAUUCAAUCUAUAGCAUAUGCCUAUAAAGAAGAUUUUGUAUUUUAUACAAAUUUUCUGGCUGAUAGGGCUGUAAUAAAAGGAGUCCAUUUGGAUGGUAAUAAAGGCGAUGCCCCUAUACUAAUCGAGUCCACAACUGAAAAUGGUUUUAAAGCAUUAGCAGUUGACUGGGUUACUAAGAAACUUUACUUUACUGACAUGGCGAAAAAUAGAAUCGAAGUUUGUCCUUAUGAUGGAUCGUACAGAAGAGUUUUGGUAUCCAAAGGUCUUGAUCAGCCUGUGGCAAUAGCUCUUCAUCCACAAAAAGGGUACAUGUUUGUGGCUGAUUGGGGCGAUCGUAAAAUUGCUCGUUAUGAUAUGGACGGUAAAAACGAGUUUGUUCUGGUCAACAAAGGAGUCAACGCUGUGCCAUACUCCAUAGCAAUUGAUAUUGAAACAAAUCUCUUAUUUUAUGGUGAUAUUGGUAUGCAUACAAUUGAGUAUAUUACGAUAGAUAAGAAAAACAGGACAGUUCUGAAGGAAAAUGUACAACCACAUCAUAUGUUUGUCUUCAAAAAUAUUUUGUUUUGGUCAGAUCAAAAAGCUAAUAUCUAUGCAUUAGACAUUCACAAACCUAGUAAUAUGACUAAUGAUACUGUUCCUGAGCUUCGUCAAGUUCCAUCUGAUUUGGUCAUAUUGUCAGCUAAUAUUCAACCUGAUGUGUAUACCAAGUGUUCUAUUGAUAAUGGUGGUUGCAGUCAUCUGUGCUUGUUGACACCUACUGGACACUCCUGUGCUUGUCCAACUGGAAUAUCAUUAAAAGCAGAUGGGAAGACCUGUGAAAAAGGCAUGAAAAAGUUUCUCUUGAUAGCAAGAAAGACAAACUUGCGAUUGAUGUCUCUGGAUGCAGAUAAGAAUGUGGAUGUUGUAUUACCAAUCAAAGGGUUAACACGUGCAAUGGAUGUUGAGUAUGAUAUAUUAACUAACCGAGUUUACUGGUCAGAUGCACCAUCAUUAUAUCAUUAUGCUACAAAUUCAGAUUAUACAGUAAAUGUAGCAGGGACGAUAAGCAGUGCUUACUUAAAUGGAACAGAUGUUCGAAAUGUGAUUCCUUUCCUUGAAGCUAAUAGUCCAGAAAGCCUUGCUAUUGAUUGGAACGCUCGUAACCUGUACUGGACUGAUCCCUUGUUAAAGCGAAUUGAGGUGUCCAGGCUGGAUGGUUCAUCAAGAAAAAUUAUUGUUGCUGCGGAUCUAGCAAAGCCACGAGGCAUGGCCGUUGACCCAGGGGAUGGGAAAAUUUACUGGAGUGACUGGGGAAAUUUGUCAAGAAUUGAGUGUGCAGACUUAGAUGGAGAAAACCGUAAGGUUCUUGUGUCAAAAGGGUUAAAAUGGCCAAAUGGCAUAACGUUGGAUUAUCAGAACCGCAUGCUUUACUGGGUUGAUGCAAAGUAUAGGGUGGUCAAGAAGUAUAAUCUUAACAAUGGAGAAAUCGAAGAAUUAAAAAGUGUUAACAAUCACCCCUAUGAUAUAACAGCGUUAGGCGAUUAUGUUUAUUGGACAGACUGGUUUCGUAAGGUUUUAAGAAUGAAUAUUCAUACGAAAGAAACAAAAGAGAUACUGACUGGCAAAGCUGUAUCAGAUGUUAUGGGUAUCAAAGCUGUUAACAUGGAUCCUGCUUAUGGGAGCAACUCUUGUUUUUACAAAACUAAUAAGUGUAGCCAUCUGUGCUUUCAUAAGCCUAAAUUAGGUGCAGUUUGCGCUUGUCCAACUCGAAUGGAAUUAUCAAACGAUGGAAAAUCAUGUAGAGUACCAAGUGGAUUUCUUUUGUUUUCGUUGAGUGAGGGAAUUAUGAAAACUUCCAUUGAUACAUUCCGAACAAAACAUAAGUUGCCACUCAGCAAUGCUGGUUCAGCUUUAUAUCAAGAUAUAUACUUUCAAACUGGACGUAUAUUUUGGUUGAAUAACACGCAUCAGACGAUCAAUGCUGCGUUUUUGAAUGGGAGUGAUAUGAAAGUGAUUGUUAAAGGUGGACUGGAAAAUGCAAAUGGCCUUGCAGUUGAUUGGAUGGCAGGAAAUAUAUAUUGGUUGUCACAGGGUCGUAUCGAGGUGGCAAAGUUGGAUGGAUCCUUCCGUAAAGUUCUAGCUUAUGGUAAAGAUAUGGUGGCACCAGCUUAUAUUGCUGUAAACCCUCAUAUUAGCAAAAUGUUUUGGUUCAACAGAGGGCCUGGCGUGGCUAAUUUCACAUUAUGGGAAGCUGGACUAGAUGGUAGCAGCCCUAAACGACUACACGGUAACAUAUCUCAGCCAUUAUGCAUUGCUAUUGACUACAAUACAAGCAUCAUAUAUUGGACACAGUUUAAUCAAGGCACAGGAAUGACGUCAUUAAAGAGUUUUGAUCGUAGAACUAAUCAAAUGAAAUCACCAUAUGACAAUGUGGCGAGGUAUAGUGUAGGCAUGGUGUUUAAGGACAAGUUUUUAUAUGCAGACCAUGACAUCGGAGCCAUAAAAGAAGUUCCCAUUAAUGGCAGAACUGUGACAGCUGCUAAAAUACUUAUUUAUGAAGACGAUUGGAUUCACAAUAUAAAAGCGUUUCAUGGGAGCAUGCAGAAAGGCAACAAUAGUUGUUCAGUAAACAACGGUGGUUGUUCUCAACUUUGUUUCGCCACCUCGCUGACUGAACAUAGAUGUGGUUGCGGUACACAUUUCACCUUGCUGGCUGACGGCAAAACAUGCACAGCCCCACAGCAGUUUAUAAUUUUCACAUCCGGCUCCUUAUUGAUCCGGCUUAUGUUCGAUUCGUCGAAACCGGAAGCAGUCUUGCCUAUAUUCAACGACGAAGCAGUCAGUCAGAUUGAUUACGAUUUCAUGCGCGGAUAUGUGUAUUGGUUGGUGGCAAAGAAAAAUGUCAUUGCCAAAAGUCAACAGCACGGUACGCUACACGAAGUUAUCCACUUGGUUAACGAAACAGAUGAAGACUUGUCUGCUGCUUACGACUUUUCUCUUGACCCGUUCAGUAAUUCUUUAUAUUGGACUGAUAGCUUACAAAACUCUAUAAAUUUUCUCCAGUUAACAACAAAGGCGAAUGGAACUGUGUAUAAAGACACUAAAAAGAUUGUGCAUCCGCGGAAAAUUGUUGUUUUCCCAGAAAUGGCGUUGAUGUUUUGGAAUGACGGAAACACUAACAGAAUUUUCAAAUCAACUCUGGCUGGAACGCAACCGGAAGCACUGAUUCAAUUGCAUAAAGACAGUGUGGUUCGAGAUUUAUCCCUAGACGUAAUACAAAAAAAUGUUUAUUGGUUAGACUCUGGUUUGAGAAGAAUAAGCAGCAUCUCGAUAUUUGGAGGGGAAGUCAGAAAUCAUGACUUACCAAAACAUGGAACUAACCCUGUUUCGAUGGGUAUUUUCUCGAAGUUUGUCUUCUGGGCAGAUAGCAGUACUAAGUUUAUACAUAAGGCCUGGAUUACUAAUGAUUCAUUCGAAGGUGAUACAGGCUUUCAUGGCACGUAUCCUCUCACCAUUGACAUGGUGGUUGUUAACAACAGUAGAAAACGCGAGAGUCAUCCGUGUUUUAUCAAUAAUGGCGGUUGCAGUCACGUGUGUUCCAUUCAUUACGUCAGUGGUAUAGAUAAUACGAAGCGAGAAGAAACCGCGUUGUGUGGUUGCCCGCUUCAUCAGGAAGCGAGAAACAAAACGUGUGUUCAGUCUGCUGCUUGUAAAGAAAAUGAGUUUUUUUGCGUAUUGGAUGGUAUAUGUCUCCCCGAGUCUAAAGUAUGUGAUAAAAAGUGCGAUUGUGGGGAUUGUCACGAUGAAAAAUCAUGCAGUUAUCCUACAGAUUGUUCUACUUCGCUUUAUAAAUGCGGACUAGGCUGCUUUUCUGAGGAACAGAAAUGCGAUAAAAAACAAGACUGUCCAGACAAUGAAGAUGAAAGUGAAGACCUCUGCGCACCAUGCGUGAAAGGACAUUUUCACUGCGGAGGGCAAAUGUGCAUUCCUCUUGAUAUGAAAUGUGAUGGCAAGCCGGAUUGUAGUGAUGGUGGGGAUGAGAAAAAUUGUCAAACAAACGCGACAACCCCGACCGGCUUUCCAAACCCACAACAGGGGUCGAAUAAGUCAAGGUUAAUGUCUGGUAUCAUAUCAGGAAUUGUUAUAUGUGUUAUCGUUAUUGUGUUCGUUAUUUUAUUGUACGUUAAACUACGUAAUUCAAAAAAGAAUGCGGCACGACAACAGGAGAACGGUGCGAUGUGGAGAAUAGAGGAGUUUGAAAACAAAGCCGGCUCCGUAACUAGUGACGACCCGGCGAAAAGUUCUGUGUCUACGUACAUAUCUGCAGUGUCGCACAAUACCGACCCGAUAUCAUAUUAUGAUCGAAAUAAUGUGACGGGUGCAUCAUCUUCUGUAGCGUCCGGAUAUACUCAUAUACCGUACAACCCUCCUCCUUCUCCGAUUGCCUUGUCUACGAUAACAGAAACAAACGAUCCUUAUGCUUCUGCUACGUGUGAACAAUGUAGAAAUUCUAUUCAAGAGACACCUAUGGAGGAGGUCCUGCAUGAUGCUCCUCCUCCUACGCUAGCUUCGACAGGAUUACUAGAAGAGGUCGAUUUAUAUUAUCCUAUACAACAAUCACAUAACUGGAAACCUCCGAAGACUGUAUGUGACAGUUGUGAGACUUCGCGUAGCCGGUCGCGUAAAAAACGGCGCUCCAAUCAUCGUCCGGAGCAUUCGUAUCGCAGCAGUCUUUCGAGAUACCCCAGUAACGCUCCGGAACUGGAGGCUUUGUAUCAAAGUCGUGAAACUAACAUGGACGACCCUUAUGAUCAAAAUUCUUUAUUCGUGGAUCGACAAAGACAUCUCCUCUUUGAUCCACCUCCUACACCCUGUACAUAUUUAUCGGACGAGGAGAGGCCGCCUUCGCCGACAGAGACCGAACAGAGUCUAGCAUUCAGUCCAAUGCACAGGGGUGAGUUGCGACCUCAUUACGCUCCUCCUCCGUCUCCAACUAGUCAGUUAUAACAAGUUUCUUUUUUCAACGUAUUCUUUUUUAUGCAUUGGUGAAAUUUAAAGAAUUUAUUUUUCUUAGAAAACUUUUGGUUAUUUAAUUUUGCGAUAACCAGUAGAUGUAUAUUUCUGAUGUUUUAUCAUUCUUUUAUCCUGAGGAAAGUGUUUACCAUUUUUGCCGUUCGUUAAUUCUAAAAGCUAUGCGAUUCGCUAUGCAAUACGGUAAUCGCGUAAGGUAUAAUAUGACGAACCAUCUGCUUGCGUGCUGUUCUCCUUUCAAACUUCCAUAUUGUAGACUUUGGCUACUACGGAUACUAACUAGGUUUUGGAGCUUUCAAUGUCGAGUACAGUCCAGUAACUUGAACUGUUUUUAUUGAACUUUUGCUAAUACUUUGCACCCCUGAUAACUUCAAAUAAAAGUGUACGAAAUGUUGUGCUAAUUUAACGAAUUUGGUCAAUUCCGGGAAAGUUAGUACCAUUGGGGUAGACAAAAUGUGUAAAAAUUAGUUCUUUUAAAAAAAUUAUUUACUUCAUAGAGACAAACUCCACUCCAGAAAAAGUGGGAGGGUCUUGCAAUUGUCAAGGUUUAUAUAACAAUGGUUGAAUUAGUCGUUAAGUCAAACUAUUUUUUCAUUUUCGCCAAAGUUCACGUUGUUGAAUGCCUCGAUCACCCGAACUAUUAUAACAGUGUAUACUGUAUUUGUUUUAGUUUUAGAGCCUAGAAAACGUGCAGCAUUUUAACUAAUUUUUUGUGAAUCGUAUUAAGGUUUGGAAUUGAUAACUAUUUAAGAAAUCUUAGAAGUAUGUAUAUGUUUGUGAAUAAUAGUUUUUAAUUUAAACAGCUUCAACUCCAAUCCCUACUUUUUUUAUGUGAUAAUUUCCAUGUGAAGGACUGGGCUUGAGGUUGUUUAAAGUCUUACACGCAGAAUAUGUCACAUGUAAAUAGGAUUUAUUUUGUAUUCGCGUUUUCUAAAGAAGAUUUAAUCGAUAAAACGAAAAAUAGACGAAUUCUAAUAAAA